AUGGUUUUGUUGCUCACAGAACUGCAGCGCAAAGUGUUCGGGAGCGCCUGCUCGGAUUCCUCGGACUGUGAGGACGGAGAGGAUAGGAAGCGAGGCUUAUCCACGAGCAGUGCCAGCUUUCAGAGCGCAAUGGAGCGGGAAACUGCUCCUCUGCUGUUGGCUCCGAGCUACAUACCUGCUUAUAAGAGCAUUCACUGCGUCAGCUCUGACACCCUGGGUCCUGGAGAGCUGUCAGAUGCGGAUAUAAUAGCCACAUACAAACGGACGUUUGAAAAACCAAAUAAACCUACAAAGAAAAGACAAAGCUCCCUGGUUACAAUUUUCUCAAUAUGGAACACAAUAAUGGGCUCGUCACUACUGACGAUGGCGUGGGGCGUGGAGCGCGCGGGGCUGCCGGCCGCGCUGAUGCUGCUCGCCUUCAUGGCCGGCCUCUGCCUCUUCACCGCCUACUUGCUGCUCACCGUCAAUAUGUACCAUGGAGGGGAUAGUUAUGAGGUGCCAUCGCUUUGCCGCGCGCUGUUGGGCCCCUUCGCAGAGGUGAUCGCGCACGGGUUCAGCUUGCUGGUGCUAGUCGGUGCCAACGUGGUCUACUGGGUACUCAUCACCAACUUCCUCUACUAUACUGUUAAUUAUUUUAUCGAAGAACCAGUUGCCAAUAUAACAACGUUCAACUCCAGCUUAAUGUGUCCAAAGAAUGACCUUAUUGGGCCCCUAAAUGACGUCCCUGUGCAGGAUCCGUCCCCGUACUGGGGCCUUCACACCACGGUGCCCUUCUUCGUAGCUAUCAUAGUCUUCCCACUUUUGAAUUUCAGAAAUGUUUCAUUCUUCACAAAAUUCAAUUCCCUAGGCACGCUCUCAGUUCUAUACUUGCUCGUGUUUGUAAUCGUGAAGGGAUAUUCGUGGGGCCUCAACUUCAGCACGGCGGAGGCCCCGCACCGGGGCACUGACGCAGCUGUACUCAGCGGCAUGUUGGCGCUCUCCUUUUACAUUCAUAACAUUAUUAUCACAAUUAUGGCAAAUAACGAACGCCAAGAUAGAAAUGGCCGAGAUCUCACCAUAGCCUUUCUUUUGGUAACAGUUACAUAUACUAUAGUGGGCGCUGUAUUUUACAUCUGCUUCCCACUUGCUAAGAGUUGCAUAGAAGAUAAUAUACUAAAUAACUUCGAGAUGCACGACGUCAUGACGGUUGUAGCGAGAGCGUUACUACUAUUUCAGGUAAUAACAGUAUACCCUCUGGUGAUGUAUAUGCUACGCACGGAGGCGCUGCUGCUGCUGCCUCUGAAGGAGUCGCGAACCGUCACGCUGCUCGUCAACCUGCUAUUCGUUAGCCUGAGCAUCCUCGUCGCUUGCUUGUGCCCCAAUGUGGGGACUAUAAUACGCUACACGGGCGCAGUGAGCGGUCUAGUCCACGUGUUCACACUUCCCGCGCUACUCUACAUGCGUUCUCUAUACAUCCGCCGAGAGUUAACUCUGUGGAAGACCUUCUUCUAUACCGCCAUUAUUGUCUUUGGAACUGGCAAUCUUUUUAUGCAGUUCUUCAUUGAGUAAUAUUUUGUAUUUUUCCGUGAAAGUAAUAUGUAUUUCUGAUUAUUUUAGACUUAUUUUAGAAUAAGUCUUAAAUUCCGUAUAAUAUCCUUGUAGUGAGAAUAAGUACAUAAGACAUUUCUGUCUUUGUCGGUUUUAUACAGAAGUCUGUA